AUGAAUAUAAAAAAAAUAAAUAUAUAUACAGCAGCAAUAGUUGUAGGAAUAAUAUUUAUGUUAGGGAUGAUAAUUCUUCUGUAUAGUUGUAAUGAAAAAAGCAGCGGAGCACCACCAAAAAAAUCUAGUACCAGCCCAAGUGGAAGUAUAUCUAACGCGAAAUCCGGCAAAAAGCCAGAAGAGGUGAAUAAAAUAGUUCAAGAAGCUGAAAAAAAGAAACUAGAGGAAAAAGAAAAAGAGGAGAAAAGAAACUAG